CCCGUUUUUCGCAGCUUCGAUUUCCAAGAACCCGAAUCUCGUUUGCUCAGCACGAAACAGGCGCUACGUCAAGCACCGUUGCGCAGCGGUGGCCGUGCGUCUGCUCGAUCUCCCCGCACUACGUCCUUAGCUGCGCAACUGCAGCCUUAGUCUUAGCCUUAGCCUUGCCGGAUCUCCUUGUUCCGGCAGCACAGCACAACACAGCACGAUGGCACUUGCAACGAACGACUUCUAGAUAGGAGGUGAGACUGACCUGUAUCGCGCGCGUGUCCGGUCCUCCACACACACACAUACACACAGAGACGUCUGCCUGCUGCAGUCCUGCCUGUGCCCUCGCCGACCAGAGCCGCGACACCAGACUCCGCACAUCUUGACUACCGCCACCCGCUAGGCGAGUUAUCGACCGCGCCCAUGCGCAAUGCGUCUUCUGUACCGCAGCAGUCAUGGGGAUUUGACAUUUGCGGACUAUCUACACGAUAGUGUUCCAGCUUAUGCCAUUCUGUCGCACACAUGGGGAAAGGACGAGGAAGAGGUCACUUUUCAAGAUAUCAAGAAUGGAUCUGGACGGCACAAAGAAGGAUAUGAGAAGACCAAGUUCUGUGGAGAACAAGCGGCUCGUGAUGGCCUGCAGUACUUCUGGGUGGAUACGUGCUGCACUAUACAGACUCACCACCGACGACAAU